AUGGUCAAAAAUCAGACUGUCGACAAAAAACUAUUUCUCCAGGAGGCAAAAUUAAUGUAUCGACUUGACCAUAAAAACCUGGUGAAACUACUUGGAAUUUCAUUCAAUGAUGACUCGGUCGUCCUUGUAUUAGAGUUUAUGGAAAGAGGACAACUCAGGAACCUACUCAGAGCUGACAAUGGGAAAAAUAUUUCUGCUGAUUUGUUGGCUCGAAUUGCUUUACAAGUCACAUUCGGAAUGAUUUACUUGGAGGAGAUGAAUUUAGUACACAGGGACUUGCGUGGAGAAAAUAUACUAAUUUCAGAUAAGUUUGUUUUAUCAUAUUUAGAUAUUAAAUUUCCAAUAAAAUGGACUGCCUUAGAAGCACUGACAAAAAUGGAGUUUACUAUAAAAUCAGACGUCUGGUCAUUUGGAGUUCUCUUGUGGGAAAUGGUCACUUUCGGUGAUACACCGUAUCGAGGACUUUUCGAGAAAACUAAUCAGCGAGACCAAGUUGAAGAGGAAGAUGACAAAAUUCAUGUUCCGACACUAUAUAAAACUAGUGAAUACGCAAAUGUGCUUGAAUUGUGGUUUCUUGAGAACGAUUAUGAACAAUAA